AUGGGGGGGGUGGUUCAGCACCAGCUGCUGGGGAAGUUGGGUGACUUCACGGUCUCGAAAGCCUCUUCUGAGCUCAUGAACUACUGCGAGCAGCAUGCCCGGAACGACCCGCUGCUGGUUGGAGUCCCCGCUUCCGAGAACCCCUUUAAGGACAAAAAGCCCUGUACCAUCCUAUAGCUCCGGGUCCCUCCGGAAGGGCAUCCUGCUCCAGCCACUGAAACCCAGCCCCAGCACCUGCACCCGCGCCCGGGGGUAAACUCUAAAUGUUGGCUUCAAACAGAACUUAAAUUCCCAAAAAAAAAACCCAAAACACACCACA